AAGUUUUCGCAUCGAUAAAUAUAUUUACCAAAAUAUAAAAAAAAGAAAAGUGUUGUUGAUUAUUUACAAGUGAAUUCAUGUGCUUUUUCUGAAUGAAAAUCGAAUAUUUACGCUUGGUUUGUGUGAAAAAUCAGCGUGAAAAGUAAAAAUAAGAGACGCAAAUUGAACAAAAACAUUGAAUUAAUUAAUCAAAUCACACAAAAAAAUCACGAAAAUUGAUUGUCUAAAAUAAAUUAACUCUCACGAAUGAUAGAGUCUCUCGACGCCAGCUGUCAGAAACUUUCGAUUCUCUAAAACUCUAAACUUCACAUCUCUGUCUCCUUCCCCAACUGUCAGCUGCGAUCUGAAACAAAAGCAAUAAAUGAAAGUAAAUGAAGUCAUUUUCAAGAAGCAAGAAGGACAAAAGUUCAUAUCUGAAAUGGAUCGCAAACUACUAUACGCAUUUCGUGGAUGGAUUGCCUUCGUAGCGUUCAUGGAUCUUGGCACGUCGUUCCGGAGUUAUAUCGAGCGUCGGAGCUUCCUCGGGAAUCACACAGACACACAAUAUAUCGAAGGAGACUUCACAAUAUCACGCGUUCUUGGAAUGUACUGUAUACUAAAGGCAGUGGCUUUGGUUCAUUGCACACUUUAUAUACAUUAUAAGCCAGUUGUUAGUAUGGGCGGAUGCUCACUCGGCAUUACAUUACUUUUAUAUGCAACAGAGGCCUUGUAUUUUCGAUCGACCACAUUAAAUUUUUAUGUUAUAUUUCCAUGUGUUCUAAAUUCAAUCACAUUGAUUGGAUUGUUAUAUAUUCCAAAACGCCUCAAACUGUGGGAUCCAAUUGAUGUAGAUGACGAAAAUUCGCAGCUUCUCAAGCAAAUGGGUGGUUUCAAGAAACGUCGACAGCAGCAAAAGAACAAGAUGACAUAGGAUUAGCUCCUAUCGUUAUUAUCUUAUGUGUAGUAACGAUCAUUAUUAGCAAGCAAAAAACAAGAAAAACGCGCUAAAUUAGUGAAAUUUUGUUAAAAAAAGAUUGUUAUGAAAAAAUAUUGAUAAAAAGUUAAGUUUUUGAAAUUGAUCGCGAGUUACAGUUAUUUAAGUGUGUUUUUGUGAAAAUGUAGAGUGCAAAUUAUUUAAUUAGUUUUAAUGAAAUUUCAUUGUGAAAAAAAGUGAUCUGCAACCACCAUAUAUAUUUAUCAGAUUUUUAAACAAAAACUUUUCUACUCUGCUAUGCAAC